AUGGCGUCUGCUUGGUCGCUCGAGAGAAACCAGCUGCUGGUGGGGGCGUUUGUCCACAGCAAGACGCGUGAGGAGCUCGAGGUCCUUGAGGAUGCCGCCGUCGCCGUCGACAAGGGCGGCAAGAUUGUCGGGGUCCAGACGGGGUGCGAGACGAGCGCGGCCGCGAAGCAACAGCUGCUCGGGAGGCUCGGCUGGAGCGAGGCCGACGUCGACCUCAUCGCCUGCAAGCCGGGCCAGUUUUUCUUUCCCGGUUUCAUCGACACGCACGUCCACGCUCCUCAGUACCCCAACGUGGGCAUCUUUGGCAAGACGACGGUCCUCGACUGGCUGCAAAAGUACACGUUCCCCCUCGAGGCCAGCCUCAAGGACCUGGCCAAGGCCCGCAGGGUCUACACGGCCUGCGUGCGCCGGACGCUGGCCCACGGCACCACGACGGCCGCCUACUUUGCCACCAUUGACGUGGCCGCCACCAACCUGCUGGCCGACCUGUGCCUUGGCCUGGGCCAGCGAGCCUUGAUCGGCCGCGUCUGCAUGGACACGCCCGGCAUCUGCCCGGACUACUACCGCGACGAGUCGGCCGAGGAAUCGCUCAGGGCCACGCUCGAGACCAUUGCCCACGUCAAGCGCAUCGAUGCCGACUACGAAAUCGUCUCGCCCAUCCUGACGCCCCGCUUCGCGCCCUCGUGCUCGGGCCCGUCGAUGCUGGGCCUCGCCGACCUGCACCGCCGACAGGGGCUGCCCAUCCAGACGCACAUCUCGGAGCACGCCGACGACGUCAAGCUCGCCACCGACCUGUUCCCGGAGUCGGGCUCGUACGCCAAAAUCUACGACGACCACGGCCUGCUGACGGCGAAAACCAUCCUCGCCCACGCCGUCCACCUGACCGAGGGCGAGGCCACGCUCGUCGCGGCGCGCGGCGCAAAGGUGGCCCACUGCCCCUGCAGCAACGCCUGCCUGACGAGCGGCGAGGCGCGCGUCCGCUGGCUGUGGGACCGCGGCAUCGACGUCGGCCUCGGCACCGACAUGAGCGGCGGCUACAGCCCCUCGGUCCUCGAGGCGGCGCGCCAGGCGGCCCUCGUCAGCCGCUACGUCGCCAUGCCGGUGCCCAGCGGCGACGCCCGCGAGAGGUGCAAGCUCUCCGUCGACGAGGUGCUGUACUUGGCCACGCGCGGCGGCGCCGAGGUGGUCGGCCUGGCGCACAAGGUCGGCGGCUUCGAGGUCGGCAUGCACUGGGAUGCGCAGCUCGUCGAGCUCAACCUCGUGAGCCAAGACGGCGGGGAGGGGGCAGCGGACAAGGAAGAGGAGGACGGGUUUAGGGACGGCGGCAACGUGGACGUGUUUGGGUGGGAGACGUGGGAGGAAAGGGUCACAAAGUGGCUGUACAACGGCGACGAUCGAAACACCAAGAAGGUCUGGGUCAAGGGCAGGCUGGUCCACUCGCGGCCCUGA